AUGACGAGCCGUGCUUCCAACCUCACUUACUUGCGCCUCUUCGGGCUGUUCAGCUGUUGGCUGGGUCUCGUAGUCGCGGGGCCGCGCUACAUCGCCAUCCCGAUCGACGGCGUCGACGUGAUCGAGCUGAACCCCGUGGGGGGGCCGCGGAUCUCCCGGCACGCUGAGGCCUAUGGACCGAUCCCGGCCCCCGGACCUCAACAGCCGCCCGAGCCCAUGCUCGAGCAGCCAGUACCGCUGCGCCCGGAGCGCGCCACCGCUCACAUCCUUGACUACGUGGACUUUGGGGGCCAUACCGGACCUAAUGGUGCCUUCAGCUGGUACGCGGACUAUCCCUCGCACCAUUGACGGGAUCCGUCGGCUACGCCUCCGCGGGUAUCCGCUUGCUCAAGGACCCUAAGGACCUCAAGACUCCUCGAAGUUACGGAUAGCGAGCGCGAAACUCGCG